UGAUUGCUUUUAUCCUUCUGUGGGAAUUGAAUGGCAAAGUAUCAUUAAUGUCCCUGGAUAUUGAUGGCGGAAGAUUAGUCCGUUACCUGAAAUCUGGUGGUCUUCUGAUCGGCAGGACAAUAGCAGUGCUUCUGACCAUGACACUGGCAACAUCCAUGGCAGCUAGGGAGGGCCCCGUACCAAUGGCUGGUUAUCAAAUUUGUGUACAACUCUGGUUGACAGUAUCUUUGCUUACUGAUGCACUAGCACUGGCCGGUCAGGCUCUACUUGCCACUGGUUACUCUCAAGGAAAUUAUCAAGGAGCACGCCAAGUGGUUUACAGACUUAUACAGGAAUAGGUUUGGCUGUUAUUUUAUUCCUUGGAUUUGGAGCAUUUUCUCGUUUAUUCAGCACAGAUUCAGAAGUUCUGGAUAUUGCCUGGUCCGGUAUUUUG